GUGUGCUGCGCGCCGCCGCAAGGCGCGCGCCCACCCUGCACGCCGCGCGACCCGCCCUGCUCGCUCAACUGCGAACACUUGCAAGAGAAGGUCCGUCAAAAGUCAUUUUGUCGAGGAAGAGUCGACGUUUCUACCUCGUCCACGAUGAAAACAUGCGAUUGUGGGGAGCUGGAUCCAGUCGCGCGACGAAUUAUGCUCGCCAAGAGAGUGCGGCAGGCGGAAUACGAGCGAGAAGUGGUGGUCCGCGCGAGCAAACGCUGCUUCGAGCCCGCGCCUCCUGUGCCCGGCUUUAGCCUUGGCGCCGAGCGCGAGUGCGCGCGCGCUACGGACGGCUGCACGUACACCAUGCGCGCAGUGCACGCGCCCCGCACGCGCUGCGGCCCUGGCCGCACGCCCCCGCCCCCGCGCUGCGUGGAGCUGGUGCCUGACGACGGCUGCCGCAUCCGGGGCGACUCGCACCUCGACCCUUGCGCACACCGCCCUCGCGUAAUGAUCGAGAUCGACCGCAGCGUCAACACUGACAUAAGUCUCAAGCGGCCUUCGGCCGACCAUUCGCCGAGUAAACCCAUGCCCGGUCCGGGGUCUGGUCCCCGGCCUUGCCCAGUGGGCAAGGCCAGGGUGGUACCGAAGUGGUGCGCCGACCCCCCGCGGCCUGCCCCCUCGCCGCCUUGCUGUCGCCGCCCCUCUUUAGUCGAGCGGCUGCGCGCCCGCUCGGCAUCUUGUCCACCUGAUCCACGUUGUAAGCGGCGAUUACAUACUACAUCCGUUGUGCUCGGCAAAACUUCAAAGCCUGUCCCUUCUAACUCGAGUGGCUUGGACGCGAUACUUCAAAACAAAAAGAACCUUAAAGAAGCUGGAAUAGGACGGUUUGUUAAGGAUGAGUGUGGCCAGGCAGCACCCUCACGGCAGCGAGCCCCUGCCGGCAAGCUGGAGCUGCGGCUGCCGCCUGGGACCGAGCGCGUAGCCGUGCACGUGUCGCUGCACGGCUCGACCCCCAGCACAUGCGCCACUACCUCUCCGCCUGUAACAUCAUCCGCUACCAGCUGUAUCGAACCACCUUCCAAUUCGUGUAACAAACUUAGGGAAACAUGUGAAAAACAAAAUUCUUGGCUAUCAAUUAAGAACAUUAAAAAAAAUAUAUCCGGCUGCCGUUUAGAGGAGGAGUCGCCUAUGACGCGGGUACCGGCGGCGGGGCGCUGCGCUGGGCCCCGUCGCCCCGCCAUCGCGCCGCGCUGCGGGCCCGCCGCGCCCCCGGAGCCAGCCGCGCCCCGCCGCUGCUCGUCUACAUCUGCUUACAUUGCCAAUACUGUUAUUGUUGACUCAUUUUAAUUCAGCAAUAGCACAGUGUGUGUGUCAUUUUCUUUUGUAAUAAAUUUCUAAAAGAACAG